AUGGUCGGGCCUCGCGGGCCGGCGGACACGACACGGCACGAGGUCGGAGCGCGGCCGGCGGGAGCUUUACAACUCAUCAGUGAAUUAGAAAAAUAUAACUAUACAGAGACAGCAGUCGAGAUGUUGGCGCGGCCGCGGACUGUGUGUGUGUGUGUGUUGGAUGUGUGUGUGUGUGUGUGUGUUCGUGUCCCCCGGCCGGGCGUCACCCGCGGGCGGUCGCUCGCCGCUGCCGAUCGCUCUGUAACAUACAAUAUUCCGUAA